AUGAUUGGACAUUUACCUCUCUAUUCUUCUCUCUCUUUCUCUUCUUCUUCUUCUGCUUCUUCUUCUUCUUCUUCUUCUUCUUUUACCUUUUUUAUCUCGUCUCUUAUUUUCUUCCUUCUGUUUCAUAUUUUCCGGGAUUUUCUUUCUUCCUUCAUUAUUUCUUUCAUUUAUUCUUUCUUUCUUUACUGUUUCUUUUUCAUUUUAUCAUUUUCUGCUUCGUAUUAUUCCCUUAUUCUCCUUGCAAUCUUUUGUUUUUCAAUUUCAUUUUCAUUCUUUUUUAUUCUUCUCAAUUAUUUUUUUUUUGUCACUCUUUCAAAUUUUUAUUUAUUUUUAUUUUUCUCGCUUUUAUUUCAUCUCUUUUCAUUCUUCAUAUUUCAUUUUUUUUACAUUCAUUUGUCUUUCUUGUUCGUUUUCUUUCUUUCCUUUCAUUAUUCUCGGUUUAUUGUCAUUCUUCCAUUUUUUUCUUUCAUUUUCUUUAUCCAUCUUUCAUUCUUAUUUCGUUCUUAUCUUUCACCAGACUUUCUGAACUUUCUUGUUGUUUUCUCUUCCUAUUCCCCCCCCCCGUUUUCUUGUCUCCCUUUUAUUCUUCUUUCCUUCUCAUUCAUUUUCUGGGUAUUUCUUUUAUUCCUUCCUCCAGUUCAUCAGAUAUUUUCCCUCGUCGUUUCAGGCUUCCAUUUAACCGCGCUUGAUUUUCUCCUUUUCAUUCAUUCAAUUCUAUUUUUCUUCUUUCAUUUGCUUGCCAUACCAUCUUCCUUUUUUCUUCUUCACAUUUUACUUCUUUUCGUUUCUCACUUUUCUUCUUUUCGUCUUUUUUACUUUUCUCUUUGUUUUUCUUCACUUUUCAUUCCUGUUUUUCGUGGUGAUUUCCUUCUUUCACAACUCUCUCUCUCUCUCCUCUCUUCCCCCCCCUCUCUCUCUCUCUCUCUCUCUCUCUCUCUCUCUCUCUCUAUCGACACGCUGACACAUAGAGAUGACCUAAUCAUAACACAGGCUGACAAAGGGGUCUCUUUUCAUCAUCAUCAUCAUCAUCAUCAUCAUCAUCAUCAUCAUCAUCAUCAUCAUCUUCUUCUUCUUCUUUUUUCUCAUUCCUUUCUUUUCUAUGGCUUUCCAUUCUGUCUAUCUCUCCCCUUCUCUCUCUCUCUCUCUCUCUCUCUCUCUCUCUCUCUGCCCUUCACAUGCUUUCCUUCCCUUUACUUCUUCUUCUUCUUCUUCUUUUUCUUCUUCUUCUUCUUCUUCUUCUUCUUCUUCUUCUUCUUCAUUCUAUUUCCUCUCUUUUCUUCUUAUAACUAUCAUUUUAUUCAUAUAUCACUUUCUAUUAUUUUCCUUCUGUCACUUUUAAUCGCCUGCUCCAUAUAA